UGAGAAAACGGGUAAAACCCCUUAAUAUAUAAGAUAGGACGCAGCGGAAAAAUGUUAAAAUCGGAGCCGAAAAAUUGAGGUUGGUAAAGUAUUUAUAACAUAUAUUGAAGUAAAAAACAAACAAAAAAUUGUAUAUUAGGCAUAUUUCGAUAACUGUCUUGUGUAUUUCGAUAAUUAUCGUCGUAUUUUGGUAAUUUAGCGUACAUAACAAAGAUAUAUGUCUUGACAUUUUGAGAACAUUCACGCAUAUUAUAAGACUUAUACAAAUGCCGUAAUAGUCCCGACUGAGAGUCAACCGUUGCAACCGUUGCAAUAGUCCCGACAUGCCUUCUGAAUGACAGUCAACCGUUGCAACCGUUGCAAUCGCAACAAAACUGUAUUGUCAAAACUGAGGAUUGUUUUGAUAAGGCUUGUCGCUGCGCGGAUUAAAGCAUGUAGGCAUAAUUAAUGCGUGUCGGUAAUUAGUCUUGCCAGCGGAAGGCACGUCAGGUAAAGUGCGAACAAACAACCAUUUUUCUAAUGACAGACAGCGGGUGUUUUUCACACCUUCGCACAUUUGAAAUUGACAAUAAUGCUACUUUGCGUUAUGCACAUUCCUUUAUUAUUUUUUUAAAACAGUAGCAUGCAACAAAAUGUUUUGUAAAAUAUCGAAACAUUAAAAUCAUGAACAACGAUUAAUUGAUAUUUACCUCCUUUCCCGAUUUUCCGUUGCCGUUAUAACUCAAUCCAGUUAAAAUGCUGACUCACAUCGAGUUUUUGUGAGUAGCGUCCCUUUUAUAAAAAAGUAAACACUCGUAUUUUUUUUUCAAUUUAUUUCUCAAUAAAUCAUUUUAAAGUAAACAUUCAAUAUAUUUCUACGUGUGUUAACUUGCGUGAUUUUACCUAUGUCAGUUGUUCUCUUCGGUGACGCAGUACAGAUACUUACUAUUACCGCGUUCUUCCCCGGUCCAAUAUUUUCGACCCAAUAUUUUCGACCCGAAAUGGACUUGGAAAAAACAGAUGCAAUUCUAAUAGCAUAGAAAGGACGCAGGCACUUUUUAAGACGAGAAUUGGGGGUAAAAAAGUGCGUCUUAUGCAUGAUAUAAUACGGUCAGCAGAGUCCAGGGGCUGAGUUUUACACAUUUCACUGGGUACGUCAACACUACAGUAUUAUUGGGAAAGGUGUUCGCGAAAAUGUAUGACGAUUGAAGAAAAGUUUGAAAUCUUCCACAUACCAGGUCAUGUAAGACAAUUGACAUCACCCUUCGUGAACAUCAUGUCAGAGGAUAAACUCGACACAGUGAUCACGCCUGUGUUCAUCAGUCCUGUUCUUCAGUUUUUGUUCAGUCUGACCUGGUAUGUACUUCUACCAUUCCGCAUUUGUCUGAACGAGGCUGCAGGACCGUUUCUUCCUGUGACCCCAGAAAGAUCAAGACCAGUUUUGCUAUGGAUACGCAGACUUGUGUUUAUGCCGGUUUUAGUUUCCUUUUUAGGAUUGUACAGCAUACCGGCUAUUUUUGCUUUUAUUGUAAGGAAUAUUCUUCAUCAGUUUAGGAGGCCAUUUUGUGAAAUCAAGACAGUUAAUUGUAAUGUUCAGGCAGAAGUGCCGAAACAGUCAUUUUCUGUGGUUACUUCUAACUUAUGUUUGAUGCCUGAAAUACUUUCAAAAUUUAAUAAUCUAAACAAAACAGCUUGGCGUGCGAAAACAAUUGGGGAAAGAGUUUACACCGAUCAAGUACACUAUAAAGAUAUGAUGGAAAAGUGUUUGAAAAAUUGUAAUUGUGUCAACACAUAUGACUGUACCAAUAAAGGUACAGCAGUUAAACAACUCGAUGAAACACAUUUAAAAGUAGAUAUUAUUACACAUUUUCCUGAGACAGAUUUCCUCUGCUUACAAGAAGUUUUCGAUCGCGACUAUAUGAACAUUCUUAUAAAGGAGCUACGGAAGGUGUAUCCAUAUAUAGUGUACGAUGUCGGGUAUUCUUGUCCAAAGAGAAAUUACUGUGGACUGAACAGCGGGCUUACUGUUGCAAGUAAAUAUGAAAUAGAGGCUGUAAGCUUUAAGCCGUAUACAACAAAAUGUGGAUUCUGUGCCAUUGUCGGAAAAGGUCUGCUUAUGCUGAAGGUAAUUUUGGAGAAAGGCAAGCACAAGAAGGUUGGGUUUAUCUUUAACACCCAUCUGCAAGCAUUCCAAGGUGACAAGCCAGUAGUGCAGAGUCAGCUGUCAGAGAUUCUAGCCUGCACUCGAGAGUUUCGUGCUGACAAUGCCGGGCCUGAUGAGCAUGUGAUGUUUGAUAUCCUGUGUGGGGACUUCAACAUUGACAACAUGUCUCCAUGUGAGCAGGAAAUAUCGAAACAUGAGCUGUUCACUAUCUAUGUAGACGUGUGUCGACAGCGGCCAGGCAAAGACCAUGACUGGACAGUGGGUACAGAAAUGCGCAACCCAAAGCUACAUGAUGAAGCUGUAAGUACGCCAGAACAACUCAAAGCAGUACUAGAGGACCCGUAUCUACGGCAACACUACAUAAUUGAUGCUGAUCUUAAGGAGGCCACAAUGGAUUCCAUCUACAAUGCUGAAAUAAAAGUUGACAAGGCAGGAAAUAUUGUGCUGUCUCCUGUUGGAGGACGUCGGAGGAUUGAUGUCAUCCUGUACAAACGUGACUGCCCCGUGGCUGUGGACAACUACAACUUUGUUACCAGGCUCGCAACCCUAACAGAUCACAUUCCAGUGUCUAUGACCUUCACAUGUUCUUGACAUGCUUUCACAGUUGGUCAUCACAUUGGUCUUCUCAUUGACCUCCACAAUUUGAUGUUCAAAUUGAUCUUCAUCUGUCCUUGACAUACUACAGAUGACAUCCGGGACCAUAACAAUCCUACUCCCAAAUGACAUUCACAUUUUACAUUCUCAUUUAGUAUUCACAUUCUAUGGCUGGUGACAAAAUAUGUAAUACCGGUAUAUAUAUAUAUCUAUUUUAAAUUCAUAUUGUUUUGAUACAGAAUUACUUAACUCAUGCUGUUUGACCUUUUAUUGUUUUGAAACACAAAUAUUCAACUGAUGAAUGCUGUUUGACCUUUUAUUGUUUUGAAACACAAAUAUUCAACUGAUGAAUGCUGUUUGACCUUUUAUUGUUUUGAAACACAAAUAUUCAACUGAUGAAUGCUGUUUGACCUUUUAUUGUUUGGAAACACAAAUAUUCAACUGAUGAAUGUUGUUUGGCCUUUUAAUGUUAUGAACCACAAAUAUUCAACUAAUAAAUGUUGUUUGGC